CUCUCUCUCUCUCUACAUUUUCCUAUUCUCGCACAACGGUCAAUAAACCAGGCACAAAACCCCCCAAUUUAUACAAAUUUUUUUUGAAAUAUCGAUACGAGGAUGAGUAGUAGAGGUGGGAGAUUCUACUGGUUGCGGAAUCGCGAAGAAGGAUUCAAACCGAAGGGAAUAAUCGUUGUUUUCUCGUGGAUUUCGAUCAGCGAUUUUCAGUUGAAUGAUUUCGCUCGUCUCUACUCUUCUCAUGGUUGGAACUCUCUCGUUUGCCGCUCCGAUUAUCUCAAUCCAUUCGUUCCGGAGAGAGCUACAUCACUGGCUUUCUCUGUCGUUGUUGAGCUUGUUAAGGAGCUUAGAAAUGGACCAUGUCCUGUGGUUCUUGCAUCUUUUUCUGGUGGUUCUAAAGCGUGCAUGUAUAAGGUUCUCCAGAUCGUAGAAGGAUGUUCCGAUGUGGAUCUCAGCCUGGAGGACAGUAGAUUGGUUGUGAGCUGCAUCUCAGGCCAGAUAUAUGAUUCCGAUCCUAUAGAAUUCACUAGCGACUUGGGUGCCCGAUUUUCUUUACACCGAUCCAUUCUGAAAAUGCCUGGAUCAUCAAAGCUAGUAUCAUUGUUUGCAAAAGGUGUUACUUCAAGCUUGGACGCUCUAUUUAUCACCAGUUUUGGAUCCCAACGUGCAGAUUACUGGGAAACACUUUAUUCCUCAGUUGGUUUGGAGGCCCCCUUUCUGAUUGUAUUCUCAGAAAAUGAUGAUGUAGCUCCAUUUUCGACUCUGUGCAACUUCGCUCAGCAGUUACAGGUUUUGGGUGGUAAUGUAAAAGUUGUGAAGUUGAGCACCUCUGCUAAUGUAGGUCAUUACAAGCAUCAAAAUGUACAGUACACAGCUGCUAUAAACGAGUUGCUUGAGAAGGCAAUUUCUAAUUUCUCCGAAAAAAUUCAGAAACUCGGCGAAAAGUCGAACCAAAGCUUCAGAAGAGUUUCAUUUGGGCAAGAUGAUGACCACUUCUUCCUGCCAAGUUCAUCAGAUUAUCGAAAUAGCAGAGAUUUCGAGCCUAUACAACAACAACAUGACCCCAAAGAGAGGCUACCUCAUCGUUCUAGCCCUUGUCUCAGUGCAAACAGUGUUCUUGGCCAAGCACUAUUUGAUGUGUGUAUUCCGAAGAAUAUUGAAGGUUGGGAUAUUAAAUUCUCCGGCUCCUUAAACGGAGAGCCGUUCGGUUCUAUUCGUAGGAGGUCCACUUUUAGUGGGAUGAAGCAAAGAUCAAGAUUAUGAGAGCUCUUGAGGCGGUAUGUUUUUUAGCCAAAUGUUGAGCGCAUGAAUUGUACAGAAAUGUAACCCUGUAUAUUAAGUGCCUCUUAAACCUGUCAUGUGGAAGGUAAUAUGCCAGCUUUGUCUUCCACUGAUUUCACUUUGUACCGGCAAAUGUGGGUGAGAUUUGACCAAUACUGUAAAUCGUAACAGUUCGAAAGUUAAUUUUGUACUUGCAGAUCCGUUUAUAUGUAUACAUAUUCGUUCCUGUUUUAUAGUUAAGGAAUGAGCAAUUGUGAAAGUUAAUGUUGUAAUUUGUGUAGGAUGAAUAAGUUUUCUUACUAACAAAACCCCGCAGAACCGAGCCAUUGUGAACCAUUCCGAAUUAUGAACUGUUGAUAUAGUGUUUUUUACUUUU